AUGGUGAGUUUUGUCCUGGCUAAAAAGGUCUUAAAAAGAUGGAAAGGAAUAUUUUAUGUUUCGGACUAGUUCGAAAAUCUUCCUUUUUUCAGCUUUUCGAAGGAAGAAAGACCUUUUUCGGACACUUUUUGAAAAAUUUUCUGGCCUUUUUUCAACGCCUGUCACCUCCUUGAAAAAGGGUCAAAAAGAUUUUUUGAAGGCCUUUUUAAGAUAUUUUUGACCUGUGUUUUUUUUUUUGAAGAUUUUUUUCUUUGAAGCGCACCUUUCCUAGAUAAAAAAGCCAUUAAGAGAGAUUUUGAAGUCCUUUUUAGAUUCUUAAGACCUUCCCUACUCAUUCAUUUAAAUAAUUAGCAAGUUUCAUUCUUAGGACAAAGAAAUCGAAAUCAAGUACGUCAAGGUGGACAAAAACGCCAAAGUCCCGAAAUACGGGACGGCUGAAGCCGCCGGGGCGGAUCUUUCCAGCAACGAGGACUGCGUCAUUCCAGCCAAAGGUUUCUCCUUCGGUUUUGUGUGUAGUUUGUCCAAGAAACCUUGCUGUGAUGUUCGACGACGCGGAAGUCUUGAAUGACCUAGAGUUACACUGAAACGACAAUUUUUCGAAAUUUAUCUGCACUUUUUUCUAUUUUCUUCCCUACAUUCAAAAGAUUAUCCGGUAAAUAAUUGAAAGGAGACCGGAUAUCUAUUUUUUGUUAUUCAUGCUCUUUAAAAACCGUCAAAGCUUCAGGGGAAAUUUAUUGUUGGUCGAUUUUUUUGGUACCUUUGAGUAGAUAAUUGUCACUUUUUUUUUUUCAGUUUUUUUCAAAAAAAUUUUUUUGCAGUCACUCGAAAUUUUCCUCAUUUCAAGGUCAUAUUUCGGAGCACAAAGAACUACUUUUUGGCCCUUAACUGCGCCCGACUUUGAGCUACUCCCCUCGAUUUAAUGGGAUUCGGGACCCGAUAAAAGAGCAGCUUAUUUAGAAGAGACUAUAGAGCGGCCAGUCUUUAAAUCAAAAAUCAAAUCAUUUAUUUGCUAUUCUAGUCACAUGUAACUGAAUAGGCGGUGAACAAGAACUUCUGAUGCCAUAACGAAUUUGGAGAACUAGAAGUCCAAACGUGUAGUUGAUCAAGUUGAAAGCAUGGUCUCACGGUCCUUUGUCUUGUUCUUCGGCGCGUAGUUCAUCCAGUUGGGUCUUGACGAGCUCAGAAUGUACCGGAUCUUGUGCUAGAGUCCGUAGACCGUGCUCUAGGUGGAAGCCUGAGAAUGAGAACGAGAACUUGGUUAGAGUGGAGAUUUUACACGACAUCUUGAAAACUUUUUUUCGAAUUAUUUUUUAACAAAACUAGUUUUUUUUUUUGAGAAAGUCAUUCAAUAGGAGCGCCUUAUUGCGUCUCGUUUCUCAUAAAUCCCUUCCCCACCUUUGCUACGGAAUCCUCUGACGCGCAAGCCGUUUUUCGUCCGGCGCAGUAAAAAAAAACUUUCCGGCCGUGACGCAUUGAAUCAUUCAUUACGGUUGGAAUCGGGGAAACGAAGCGAAUAUUCUCAGUUUUCCCGGCUUUAGAACCGAGAUGUUUAGGAAAAAGACGCGUCGCGACUGGAAUCAGAGUCGAGAUCCCCAAAGGCUACUACGGAAGGAUCGCUCCCCGGUCCGGACUUGCCCUGAAGAACUUCAUCGACGUCGGCGCCGGCGUCCUCGACAGCGACUACCGUGGCGAGAUCAGCGUUCUCCUCUACAAUUUCGACGACAAGGACUUCGAGGUAGUCCCUUCGACACAACACUCAACCUGAACCCUGUAGAGACCACCUGAAUUUGACCCCCCCAUAAGGAUCUUUUUUUCGUAACCUAUAAGGGCCACUCUAGAAUUUCUAAUUAGUCUAGAAAACCAUACUUUCCCUUCAAAAUAAACCCAAAACAGUCUAACCUGUCUGCGCUCUCUUCUUUCUCUCCGAUGAAGUCAUAAAACCAUGAAAACAGGACGUCAACAGGAUAAAUCAUUCUAGUUCUUACAAAAAAGAAAAAAAUAAAUUUUACAAUUUUUAGAUCAAAGUCGGUGAUCGGAUCUGCCAAAUGGUCAUGGAGAAGUUUGCCCAGAGCAAAUUUGUCGAAGUCGAGGAGUUGAGCGAAACCGAGAGAGGCGAUUGUGGAUAUGGUUCCACUGGAAAAUAAAGAGAAAACGGCUUUUUUUUUCAAAGGUUCGAUGUGUAUAAAGUAUAAAUAUUGGCAUAGAAAAAGGGUAUUUCGUUCAGAAAAAAGUGGGAACGUUUAAUCCUCAAAAGGAGGUAUGAUAUUUAGAACUUUUUGAAGUAUUUUUUGGAAGAUUAGCCUGCAUUUUUUUCAAUCUUUUGAUAACCGACUUCCCGAAAAUUGCGUUUCCGAUUUUGAAGGUGUAUAUAGAGAGGAUUUCCAGCUAGAAACUUUAUAUUUUUCAAAAAAGCUGGUAAUUUCUAAUACCUAUAAGGAGAUUACUUUUUCUCAAGUCUUGAGAAUUUUUCAAAAAAAUUUUGCCAGGACUUUUUCUGGUUUAUUAGUUGAAGAUCUGAUAAAUUUCAACUUAUAGAGUCUCCUAGUUUUUGAGAACACUGGCUUAAAAGUCGAAAAACCCGUCAUAUGAUGAUCUAUAAAACCUGUUAAAUAGGCCGUUUCAAGACGAGCUUUAUUUGUGGUAAAUAUAUUAACGCUGUGACGUUUUGAAGCGAAGAAAAUUGAACAUAUUUUUGUAAACUUCAGAAAGAAGUUGGUUGGACUAUUGAAGUGGUCGACAGUAUUUUCAUACAUUUGGAGUCGGCUGGACUUCUUCCUCUCAUUUUUAAAAAGCGUAAUAACGAUGGGGAUGCUAUAUUUAUUGAAGAAGUUUUACUAGAAGAACGAUGAAGGUGGUGCUCAUUCGUAGGCACGAGCGUUGGCGUCACCUCCCCACUGGAGCCAGAGAAGGCCGUUGGCCGAGGCGACGAGGGCCGCGAACACGGUGAGGACGGUGGAGGACGACAUCUUACGAUGGAUUCUAGAGGGGAAAAAGGCGCAUUUUAUAGGUUGAAUCUAGGCAGGUCUCAAGGAGCAGUUAAAUUGAAAAAUGGGAACUGACUAAAAGUUCAUGGAAGUCUCUCAGGACUCGAUUUGGUUCCCAUUCUUUGAUUUUACUGCACCUUGAGACCUUCCUAGAUUCAACCUAUAAAAGAGCCUCCUUCCCUCCAGAAUCCAUCGGAAGAUGUCGUCCUCCACCGUCCUCACCGUCUUCGCGGCCCUCGUCGCCUCGGCCAACGGCCUUCUCUGGCUCCAGUGGGGAGGUGACGCCAACGCUCGUGCCUACGAAUGA